CAACACCAUAUCAGGCAUGAUGAACACAAGAUGUUUUUACCGAAGCUAGACCACAAUGCACCACGUAUGGUCUAUUUAACGCCAAUUUUAUAUACUGCUUCGAACUAAAGGUCUGAUUAUACUUCGCCGCGAUGGUUGUUAGCUCAACUGUUUUCAAAUGUUCCUUGGUUUUUGGAUGCACUUUGUUCUUACUACCAUCAUCACAAGGCGCAUGGCGUAAUUUGGUGAGCAGCUGGACAGAUUCAGGGGGUCAGUGGACCGGAAGCACACCAACAAGCGAUUCAGUAUUUCAUUUUGGACCUGUAAGAGUUUGGACCCCAGCCAUUAAUUCUGCAAAUUAUGAAAUCACCAGCAGAGUAUAUUCUACUACUGGUAUUAUCUGUGGACACAUGUUUAAGUACAAAACAGGAAGCACGAGAACUCAAAGUCUCGUUACGAAAGCGUGGGGCUACUACUUAAUAAAUGGGAAUUCGGUUCGAGUCAGCUCUACUGGGAUAGAGUACAGCCCUAUAGUAAGCUACAGCUAUCCUACCAAUCAAUGGAACAACUUGAGGAGUGUAGUCCUAGGCACUCAAGUAACCAUCUACAUCAACGAUAAGCUGGUGAAACAAGUGAAUAUGCAGGGCACUGGGGCAGAUUCUUCAAGUGAUAACUACGUUGGGCUCUGGUGCCAUAGCAAUACCAAUGAAAGGGGUCGGGAUUUUAGYGUACAAAAAUUGCCUGAUUGUCCAAAGCUGCCAGCAAUUAACCACCUGACUGUUUCGCCAUCGAAGUGUGAAACGUCAUCUAGUUCUUUUGGUACCACGUGCUCGUUCAGGUGUUCUCGUGGCUUCAAGCUUAACGGCCCUUCAAACAAAACAUGUGCGUCGGGUGGAAAGUGGACAGAAGCUGGAGCAAGUGUCAGAUGCACUGAUGUCAAUGAGUGUCUAGCGUAUAAUGGUGGAUGUAGUCACGUGUGUAUCAACACUGCUGGAGGUUACCGCUGCUCAUGCUCGGACCCUGACUUAAGGCUCACAAACGACAAUCAUACAUGUGAAGUUCCAGAUACUCGUGUGACGUGUGGACCAAGCCAUAUCCAGAUCUCUAUCCCCAAAGCAAGGCUCCCUGGAGUUGUUGUCCAAGAUCUGCAUCUUCUUGAUCCAUCCUGUCGUGCCACUGAAGACUCCACCCACUUUUACCUCAAGACUCUUUUUAACCAAUGUGGGACUGUGACCAAUAAGACGUCAUCUUCCAUCACCUACGCGAAUAAAGUCAUCGAACGACCGCUGCCCAAAAAUGUCACCAUUACGCGCAUCCGGGAACUCGAGGUCUCAUUCACUUGCUCUUACUCAAGAAAGAAGGAAUUGAUAACAUCACAGUUCCAGCCCCAUAAAAGCAAGCUUAUUUUCAACAAAAACGUUCGCGGUAAUUUUAGCUUUAGUUUCAGGUUCUAUCCGAACAGUUCGUUCCAUACUCCGUAUGCGGGCAACUUUACAGUUCCACUGCGACUUCGUCAGCCAAUGUUUUUUGAGGUGUCAGUUGAAUCCGAGAAUCGUGAACUCGACGUUUUGGCCCAAGAUUGUUAUGCGACGCCUUUUAACAGUGUGACUCGUCCACGGCAUUGGUUGAUCAAGGAUGGUUGUCUUGUGGACUCGACUUUGAAGGAUCUCAACACAUCGUCCCCUAGUGUUCAACGGUUCAGUUUCCAGGCCUUUCGCUUUGUUGGAAAUUACAGGCAUCUUUUCUUCCAUUGUCACGUGACUGCUUGUGACGGAAAUGACGUCAAGAGCGUGUGCGCUCGUGGGUGUGCUAAAGGAAAGCCGGUCAAACGUAAAGAAAAAAGCCAAAGACGUCGGUUGAUGCAAGGUCCGUUUAAUCUACAGAAAGGAAAUAUUUAGAGCGCUUGAAUGGAUGUAAUAUAAAAAAGGUCUUCAGCUUCAAGCCGUAGAGUGAUACACAAGUAUACAAAAAUAAAUAAAUAAAUAAAUAAAUAAAAGUAAUACCAGACAAUUUUCCUUCAAACAAUUGUUUCAUUUGGGUCAGGGACUCUAAUUAAAAAAUAUAUUUCAUAUAUUCAACCAUUUUUUAACCAGUU